GGCUCGGUGGGCGAUCGGCCGCCCGCGCUCCAAGCACCGCUCUCCAUAUAUGGCAUACCGCCUGUCUCGACCAAUGGCAGCGCCGCUCCGGCCGGUGACGUCACCGGCCGGCACCGACCGGCCGGUGUAGUGGUGGCCGGUCGGCCGGCAGCCCCUCCAGACAGCAGGAAGGAGUGCACAGAGACGCUGCACGUUCCCGAUUUUGACGCCACACCCCUACUCAGACAAUAUGCGGGAGAUUCUCCACCUCCAGGCCGGCCAGUGCGGUAACCAGAUCGGAUCAAAGUUCUGGGAGGUGAUCUCGGACGAGCAUGGCAUUGACCCGAACGGCAACUACGUAGGCUCUUCGGAGCUCCAGCUGGAGCGCAUCAACGUAUACUACAACGAGGCCAGCUCGGGCAACUACGUGCCACGAUGCAUCCUGGUCGACCUGGAGCCGGGCACCAUGGAUUCGGUGCGCUCCGGGCCCUUCGGCAAGCUCUUCCGGCCAGACAACUUCGUCUUCGGCCAGUCCGGCGCCGGCAACAACUGGGCCAAGGGCCACUACACAGAGGGCGCCGAGCUGGUGGACAGCGUCCUCGACGUGGUCCGCAAGGAGGCCGAGGGCUGUGACUGCCUGCAGGGCUUCCAGCUCACACACUCGCUUGGAGGCGGCACCGGCUCCGGCAUGGGAACUCUCCUGAUCUCAAAGAUCCGGGAAGAGUACCCGGACAGAAUCAUGAACACAUACUCGGUCAUGCCGUCGCCCAAGGUGUCGGACACGGUUGUGGAGCCGUACAAUGCCACCCUUUCCGUCCACCAACUGGUGGAGAACACGGACGAGUCUUUCUGUAUUGAUAACGAGGCGUUGUACGACAUCUGUUUCCGCACAUUGAAACUGGGUAACCCCACCUACGGUGAUCUCAACCAUCUCGUCUCCCUCACCAUGUCUGGUGUCACCACCUGCCUCCGGUUCCCCGGUCAGCUGAACGCUGAUCUCAGGAAACUGGCCGUCAACAUGGUGCCGUUUCCCCGUCUUCACUUCUUCAUGCCCGGCUUCGCGCCUCUGACGGCGCGUGGUGCCCAGCAGUACAGGGCGCUCACCGUGCCCGAGCUCACCCAGCAGAUGUUCGACGCCAAGAACAUGAUGGCCGCCUGUGAUCCCCGGCACGGCCGCUACCUGACGGUGGCCGCCAUCUUCCGAGGACGCAUGUCCAUGAAGGAAGUCGACGAGCAGAUGCUGAACGUACAGAACAAGAACAGCAGCUACUUCGUCGAAUGGAUCCCGAACAACGUCAAGACCGCGGUGUGCGACAUCCCGCCCCGUGGCCUGAAGAUGGCCGCCACCUUCAUUGGUAACAGCACCGCCAUCCAGGAGCUGUUCAAACGUAUCUCUGAGCAGUUCACCGCUAUGUUCCGGCGCAAGGCUUUCCUCCACUGGUACACCGGCGAGGGCAUGGACGAGAUGGAGUUCACCGAGGCCGAGAGCAACAUGAACGACCUGGUGUCCGAGUACCAGCAGUACCAGGAGGCCACCGCCGACGACGAGGGAGAGUUCGAGGAAGAUUACGAUGAUGACCAGGCUGAGGUAGCCUAAGAUGCCCGUCCUUCAUAACUCCAGGGGUCCAGAGGUCAUUCCGCCAUGCCGUACUGGCGCGUCCGAAGGCUGACGCACCAUCGUGCGCGCGCGACACUCCUGCCUCGCUGUCUCCAGUGACCCCGCCCCUCCCCCAUUCCUCUCCAAUCGCCCCGUUCCUUUCUUCCGCCCGGCCACGGCUUCUUCGCACGGAGGCGGCAGGACUGUCCCAUCAUUCCAGCAAAUUGUCCACCUUUCAGCCGGACCAAGUGGCCUUGAUGAGGGCUUGUGAGUACUGUUGUUCAGAAUAUGCCGUUUGCACUCGUGAAAUGCUUUACCGCUUGUUACAAACGUUGUGAUCAGCCGAUUUUUAUAUUUUUUACUUCAAGGAGUAAUUUGUGAGGAAUCAAAAGAUCUGCGUCGAUGAGAUGCGUUUGUUUUCGUGUCACUCACGUUGCAGGGAGAGCAUGAUACUUGGAAAGACAACGUGGAAUAAAACAAAUCUAACGACA